CUUCUUUCUCUUUCGUUAUCUCGCUCCCCUUCGCAUUUUAUCCCUCUGACCCCUCUCGAUUUCCAAACUGGGCUGGCGGCACCAUUCCAGGCAGCAGCAAGCAUCCUUCAACAGAUAAAUAGGCCACUAUUGUCACCAUCGCCCCAGGCUGUACCACACUUCAGAUCUCACUCUUCGACCUCUUUACUUGCAACCAAACCCCCUACCCUCGCUACUUCUCGGCAAAGUUUCAUCCGUUCAACACAGCGCCCUCCCUCCCCCACCGUCAUCGCCCUCGCCUACAUAUACAUUUUCCACCCCAUCCCAAACAUCCACUCCCUCUCUUCUCACUUCUACGACUCCACCACUAGUUUCUUUUUUCCGAAAAAAUGGAUCUUCCUCAACGAUACAAGGGCCACUGCUCGACUUCACCUUGCAGGUCAGCAUUUGACAGUGCAACUCUUAAACCGUUUUCACAAAGAAGAUCGUCGUCCUCUUCCUGGACAAGCAGUAACACCAUCUCUUCCUUUCAUUCCCCCAUACCCUCCGGCUCCGUCACUAGCCCUGUGAUGCCUUCAAGCUGUCGAGAUCCCCUUCGCAAUAUUCACCACAGCCCCAAAAUAACUAAGACUACUCACCAUCAACGUUCAGCGCCAUACAAUCGUCAUGGCAACCGUAUUCGUUCAACUAGCCCAUACACUGACUGGGGUCAGUCCCCAGCCAGCGCGCCUUUCCAUCACACCUCAGCUAAUGCUGAAGACAUGACACCACACGAUCGACAGUAUCACCGCCAAUUAUCACCUACCCAUACAAGACUGCGUUCAUGUUCACCGCCCUCACCAGCGGCGCGAUCUUCAUCUGGUCCUCGGAGCUCAUCUGGUGCUCAAGGUCCGCGGAGUAAUGACCGACUUCCUUCUCUUUUUGCUCAGUUGAAGGCCAAACUUGAAGCACCUAGAAGACCAAUCAUCACCACUAUCUACACCUCUCCCCUCUCACCUAGUAGCACAUACCUUUCGUCCUCACAAGACGGUUAUCCACACUCAGCUACACCCCUUUCUCCCCUGCAUCCUUAUCAGCCCAUUCAGGACGACGAUCCCUAUACAGGUAGCCAGCCAUGGCCGCCAUUGGCGUCUAGUCCUCCUCCGACUCUUUUUGGUACACCAUGCUCUGCUGCCAGUCAGCGAGCGUACCUGAAUCAUAAUCCGGACGUUGAGAAGAGUUUUCGGCGGCUUCAACUUGAAGAUAAUGGCCGAGUCGAGCACCGCACAAUAGCGUUCUCGACCCACCUGACCAUCUCGCGCUGGGAACCGAGCAGUGCGUCAUCAACGAGCACAAGUUCCGCGGGGUCGACUGCGCCUGUUGCGGAAGAUGCAAGAGUCGAAGCAGGAAAAUCGCGAUCUGACAUCAGCACGGGUUCAUUCCGAGGAUCCAUCACGAGCCCUGCACAGAGUCCCCGAUCAAUUUCAUACCCGUCUUCGCCGCGUUCGCCCAGCUCACCGAAACAGCAGAAGCAACAACAGCAGCAGCAAAUGCAGCAAAUGCAGCAGGGGCAAGAGAAUGACCUCGUGUAUGCGACGCGUCUUUUGUCGCUGGCUAAUUAUAUCCGGCACAUCAUCUCACUCAGCUCCGGGAAUAAUCCGCUCCAUUCGCAACUGACAAUGGCACAACAGCAGCAGCAGCGGCAGCAGCAGAAGAUUCAAGAUUGCAGGCCUAUGCCAUUCGUCUCGAACACUCAGUUCAGCAAUGAGGUUCACGAGGGCCCAGGCUCGCUGCCUUCCCCACUCUCCGCAGGGCCUGGACCGAUCAAGUCGGGCUCGCUUUCAACGAGGAGACAUCGUUAUGCCUCGGAGUAUCAUGAUCAUCAGACACGUCGGCAUUUGCAUCAUCAGCAGCAGCAACAACAACAGGCCCAGAAUUUGACUCAGGGGCGAUACGAGACUGAACACCAACUGCCGAAACCACUAUCAUCACAAGGGCAGCCGCAGAACACGCUUUUAGAACCGUCAGGAACGCAGGCCCAUCGACUGCCAAGCCCUAUCUCGCCUACAUUCGUUUCUGGUCGCCGCCUCUCUCAGCAGCAGCAGCAGCAGCAGCAGCACAAUAUUAGUCCAGUAUCGCCUCGAAAUGUUACCGGUGUAUUUUCGCCGCUGCUCAAGGUUCCGUUCCCAAACCUCACACUCACAUUAGCACUCAUUUACGUGGACAGACUGAAGGCCAAAUAUCCUGAGGCAAAGGGCGAAGCAGGAUGUUCGCAUCGACUGUUUUUGGUGGCAUACAUCAUUGCUGAGAAAUACCGCUGCAGCGUCGAAUUGGCAACACUGUUGCAGGAACACCAUAAUCAUCUCACCGAGCUCGAACUUCGGGGACGCGACCAAAGCCAUACUUCGUCGCUCGAGAACACGACUGGCCCUGAGCUGGAUGAUGCGAUUGAGGAAAGAAUAUUGAAGGUUCAAUCCAACGCGGAGCUCAUCUUCUCGAACCACGAAUGGGUCAGGUUGCUGAACCUUGGAUCGUUCUUUCGUCCACCGCCUGCUCCCACGGCCUCGAUGCCUUCUUCCGCGGCUAAAGCCACCGCGGGAAAUAUGGCGGGUGUAGCGAGGACGUCGCCGGCCCAGCCCAUGGUCCGCUCUAUGCCUUGUCCUUCAGGGUCUAUUGAAUCCGAGCCUUUGCCCUUGCCUAUCCAGUCAUCGCCUGCAGUAGCAGUGCCUGGUGACACAAACACCGUUACCGCCGCAAACCAUAACUCUGUCAAGAACGCGUCUUUGCCUUCGCCCGCGCCCUCGUCUGCGGGCACACAGGGCGGCACGCCAAUGCCAACACCAAAGGCAUUGCCACUGCAGGUGCCGCAGACCUCGAUUCUGCAGGUGGAAGAUCUCGAUCGGAUGGAGACUGAGUUCUUGACGUUUUUAGACUUUGAUCUCUCGACGCGUGGUCAAGAUCUUGACACCUGUUGGAAUCUCCUCGUAGGAAACAUACAGAUUUAAGGGAGAAUCAAACAACCCCGACGCCCAAACAACAACAACGGCCUGUACCCCUUACCCUAGCCCGUCUCUUUUAUUUAUUUUUUUCCUAAUAUUUUAAUGAUGUAUAGUUUGUACGAAACGACCUAGAUGUAAUGAACUACGAUAGUAUAUUCUUUCGAAACCCUAUGAACACGGGGAUUUGUCUUUGUUUCCUUGCGUCUUUAGGUUGCAUAAUGAUGGUGGGAGAGUAUGCAGUUUUGGGCUGAGCAGAGCUGGGCUGGACUGGGCUACGGCUGGUUCUAGAAGGUCAUUCCGUUGCCCCCGCCCCUCCUCUCCCCUUUCCCUCAUGCUGACGGAUCCUUUUCUUGACCUUUAAGGGCUAUCCUUCGAAGAAGAAGUGUUAUAGUCAUCCUUGCAU